AUGGCUUAUCGCUAUCCUAUCGGCCACCUCGGCGCACAUGAAUGGUUGCUUCAUCCUCAGUUUUACGAAGCGACAGAACCGCAUCUCCCUUGGAUCCCAACACCGCACGCGGGGUUCCCUAGCGGGUUCGUCCAUGCCGAACUCACGCAGAUGCACGACUACGUCUGCCUAUCUGGACCGUUCCACAAGCUCACGGACAUGUCCGUGGAAGUUUAUAAGCGACACAGCGAUUUCCUUAGGCGCUGGUGGGAGUCAGGCAGAGUGAGCACGCCCCCGGUGCACGGUGGCGACGAGAGCAAGUUCGUCCUCGCCGACACCGUUAUCGCAAGGAUGCACCAUGCCGUGGUACACGCCGUGGUCGAGCACGGGGUUCACCUGGACAACCUCAUGAUCCUGUCCUCCAACGCGCAGCGGAGUCUUUUUGAGGCCUGGGGCUUGUACUUCUGGUUCCAGGCACCCCAUGUCAACCCUCGUUUGACGACCUGGUCCAUUGUCGGCACGUUCGUCACCGACUACCAACGGCUACGGGAGUUGUAUGACGAGGGCGUGCCGGUCUGGAUCUUCAUCACCCAGGCCAAGUUACUGCAAAACAUGGCGGUCGCCAAAAUCCUCAACGUGUUUCGUGAGGAAGAGAAUUGGGACAUCAAUCGUCAUAGUGGGAAGCCGGUGGAGAUUGCCCUAGCGGGGGCUAACAGUGUCGUCGAUAAGCUGCAAAGGUCUUUGCCGUCAUCGUACGUGACGACCGCGGGGCACAUACACGGUUCUAUCAGUGGUGUUGAGACGAGCGAGUAUCCCGCCCUCGUGAACACCAACGAAUUCGGACUUGCAAGCGUCCAAUUCAACUCCAUCUACCACGCCAGAGAGUCUGAGGCGGUCGCGGGUCCAUCACGCUCGCAGCCCGUGGCGGGUCCGUCGCAUACGACAAAAUCUACGAUGGCUGCCCGUCAAUCCGCGUUGCAGGUUUACGUGCCACAGCUCAAGGGGCAAACACAAGACGAGAAUCGAGGUCGACAGCUUCAGGCGGAAAAGGUGACCUUGUACAACACCAUCGCGGAUCUCAAGCGCGUAUUGAUGCCAGCCCCGAUCCUCGCCGUCUUCAAGAUGCUCAUCACGAGUGUUCCCGUCUCCGUCAACCGUCCGUUCAUGAUGUCGACCCCACCCCUAACGCUUAUCACCGCCGAUGGUACCGCAACGUCAACAAACUGCCGGUAUGGUUGGGUGCAAUUCCAAGCUCUCCUCGGCAGCGUUCGGUUUCUCCACUCGUUGGAGAACGUCCAAUCGUUGCAGUUUGGUCGCAUGGCCUGGAAGGAACUGCUGAAGACCGACAAAUGGUCGAAGCUUUUCGAUCCUGAAGCUGCGCCGCAAUCAAAAGACGAGCGCCUCCUCGUCGUGGUCACGACCAUCCGCGAGCUGGCAAGCAAGUGCCACGUUGCGUUCCCGACAGUCGACCCCAACAUUUCGUACUUUGGCAAGAAGGUGAUCGCCAGCGACGUUCAGAGCGCGGCCUGGGGAUCCCUAAUCAUCUGGGACAUCAACAAACACGCCGUCCACCAGGAUCUUCUCCUCCUCGCUUACCGUUUCCUUGGGCGCAAGUACCGCGACGGGAAGGUGCCAAUGAAGACCUUCGAGGAUACCAUCGCCGCCAUCCGCGCCUGCAUGGCGGACCAUGCUUUCGACUUCGACCGCAAACCUGCAUCUUCGAACGGCUUCAGGAACGCGGACGGGAGAACGUGGGGCGACUAUGUAUACGCGCUGGUGCUCUUGAUGAAGGAUUGGAAGGUCGCAGGGUCGCCGGUGUUGCCAACGUACACGCUGAACAGAGAGCAAAUCUCGAAGUUGUCUUACCUCGCGUACGAAAGAGUGGUCGUCAACGCGUACAUCACGACGUUCCGCGAUGAGUUCCGCCGACUCCCCUCCCUCCCCUUCCAGCACCCCGGCAUCCCUCCUACGUGA